GUUCCAACGAAUUUUCCAACGUUGAAAUCGAAGGAUUUAAAAGAGUAGAAGCAGAGUCUUUCUUUGUACGACACGUGCGAACGGAAACGAAUUGAUACGCGAAAGGACAGAGGAUCUGUCAAUGGAAACAUCGUGCAGGACGCUGAUGGCUAAAUAACUUGUUGGAAAUUUUAUUAGAACAUUACCGACCAACUACGUAGUUACCAAACGCUGUCCGAUGUGGAAUAAGGAGGAAACGGAAACUAUAUCGAGCAAACCAUGAAUCUUUGGAUCGAAGAAACUCGCAUCGUCAAUGUGGAAUUACUAUUAAGCAAAAACGUAACUAGCAACGUUCGACGAAGCUGGACGUUGCAUCGAUUUCUAGUAAAGAGAAAGAAAGAAGCGAGACGCUUGCGAAAUCCGAACGAAAGAAGCGUCGUAUAGACGUAGAAAGAAAUUGGACUAGGCGGCAAGGAGAAAGCGAGAUAAGCCGGCGAAAAGAAUAUCGUAAACGUUUGCGUGUUGAAAAUUGUAGGGAACGAGGUACACGUUUUACUUGGUUAGGACGAAAGACUGAAAUCGGAUGUAGAGAAGAUGGAAAGAAGCGCGUUCGCCCGGAAUGCGCGAACCUGAGUGGGGCGCGGAGCGGUACCGUGUAAAUAAAACGUACAUUGUAUAUACUGGCGUUUGUUAGGGCGCUGAGACGCUGCGUGCGCGUGUUUCCAGUUUCAAGGGAAUUUUCCCCUUUGCGAUCUUGAUUUUUGCGUGUGAAGUGCGGCCACAGUGGCACCAGGAGGGGGACACGUGCUAGCUGCUUGAAAAUAUCUUCUGCUACGCGAUUGUUGCGCGACCAUCGUGGGAUACCUUCGAGAGAUGAGGAGGGACUUUACAAGCCUGUACCACCGCCGAAACCGGUGCCGAACAAUCAAAAGAAUCAGAAUGGGCAGGAGAGCGGCAGAGUGCAGGCGGUAGUGGAGCAAUCGUCGCGGCCGAUUUCCGCUAUAGAAAGGAACAUCGCGUUAGACGACAACCAGGUUCGAAGUUCUGGGCAGAAUCCUGCACCCGAAUACAGGAUGCCACCGCUCUACGGGGAGGAACAGAGCUCGAAUCAGACUCAACAGGCAGCUAACUUGCAGACUCACAGCAGCAAAUUUCCAAUCGAACGCGAGGUUGUCCUGUCGUCGGGAGACAAAAACUCCAAGAUUCCUAUUCUACACGAGUACAAACAAAGAACCGCCGGUAGAGUGGCGAUCGCACCGGAUGCUCCGAUCAAACAACAGGCCUGGGUUCAAGAGGGCACUCAGAUGCAAGAAGCGAGACAGGAGGGUCAAGCCAGGAGUUAUCAGCCAGCGGAAUCUUACGCGUCGACGUCGGCUGCAUCGGCGCCGAGGACCACGAAAAUCGACGAAGACAAGAGCAAGUCGAUUUCGAGAACUUAUCACACGAUCAAGGACAUGAUAUCGAGCCGUUUCGGACAGAGUCGUAAGGAUGUCGAACCGGAACCGGAAGCGAGUUUGAACAAUGUCACGGAAGAACUGAGAAAGUCCAGCAGAAGCAUCGACGAGGAGGAGGCGAAGAAGAAGGAAGGGAUUUAUGGGAAACCGCGGGCGCAGGAACCUCCCGUUAAUAUGCAGCAAUAUCCAAAGAACGCAUGCGGUCAGUACGGGCACUCGUAUAGUUACCUGAGCAAUCAACAGAACGUACCGCUUCCUGGACAACUUCAGCCUACGUCGCAGAUUCAACCCAAUUUACCAGGCCAAAGUGCUCAGCUUCACGUGACGCAUCACGCUCCACCUGGAGGAGUUCAAACGGUCCAUCAAACUCAAGUUCCUGGUUUUGGCCAAUCAGCGACAGGUGGCCAGCAGGUGCAAAAUGUUGCGAGGGAAUACGUUGUUCAGGGACCAUCUGGAUUGCCGAGUCAGCAAUUGCAUCAAGGACUUCAUCAGAGCCCUCAGAACCAGGGCCAGAGCACGCAGAUGCAGAAGCCUCAUGGUCUAGGCGUGCAACCGCACCAGGUGGGCAACGCGACGAUGCAACCGUCGAAUCAAAACUUCCAGAGUGCGCAACAAUUGUUGCAUCAGAAUCAGAGCCAUCAUCAGAGUCCGAGAUUCGCGCAGCAGCACGCACAGAACAUGCAGCAACGACAACUGAUCCAACAGAUGCAUCAGCAGCAGCAACUGGUCGGACAGCAAAACUGCCAAACCAGCGGCGGUGGCGGAGGCGGAGGCGGCGGCGCCGGCGUUAGGAACGUGCAGCAAAGCUAUUUCUCGAACAACGUGUCUUAUCAGCAAUACCAACAAGCUCGACAAACCAUGUCGAGAUCUCAGAUCGAUCUACCGAGCACUUCCAGACAAGCUCAAGAGCUCAGGCUGCCCGGACAGGAAGUGUAUUACCAUUAUGCUCAAGGUCGACCGAGGUACGGUGUACCGCAGGUCUAUAUGAAAACCGAAAGUAACCAGGAAGCGGAGUUUCAGCGACGAAACUCGACGAAAGGUAUCGAGAAGGCGGCGUCCCAGCCGCAGCUUUCGUACGAGGACGAAAGGUCUGGCUGCGCUAACGAACAAUCGAGAAAUCCGGUUGACGGGUUAAAAACUCUUACGGUGGAUCCGUUGGACAAAGAAAGAUACGAGAUCACGGUGGAAGAUCGCGGACAAGGGGAAUUCAGGAGAAGCGAUUCUCAAAGGAAAGACGAGUAUCGGCCGGAAACCAGCUUCGCUAUUCGCAGAGACGAUGCCGUUAGGUGUUCGAAAAGGGAACAGGAACAGCUGGCAGUGGCCGCCGGUCAGGAAAGUCAGGAGUCGGAAGGAACUUGCGUGCAAAAAAGAAUCGAAGAGUUGCAGAAACGAGCCGAGGAGAAUCACGACGUGGGUAGGAGUUCGUCCGGGUCGAAAAUUGGAAACGGUGAGCCUCUGAAGAGGAUGGAGAAUCAAUACGCAAAGGAUUGCGUAGCGAAAUCGGAGGCAAGGAAGGACGAGCUAGAACACGGUAUCAGCCGAUUGAAAAUCCAGAAUCAGGGAUCUGGAUCGGAUUACGAUAAAGCUGGACAGAGUUCCUCCAAUGUUGAUUCGGGAAGAGGAUCUGCUGUUUAUUCCAGCGGAAGACGGCCACCACCCGAAGACCAAACUCACCCCCCAGUACAGGAUUCCGAAUGGGUGGACAUAGUCGAGUCGGAACUGAGAAGCAUUUUAGAACCAAGAGACGUCCCCGCGAUGGCGCAUUCCACCCUGUCCGAAAGUGUAUCGUCGGUAACGCCGCCUCUACCGCCGCUUUCACCCCAUGAAAGUCCCAGAACAUCGAGAAAUCGAUACUCGGCGAGCUUACCAUACGGAUCGAAACCCAAUUACAGCGAUUACAGCAAGGCUAUAGAGAAGAGAAGCGGGUUCCCGGGUAGUUCGAAGCAUCGUGGUGCGUCUGCCUCGAAAAAAGAUGCUGCGAAGAAAUUCUCUCAUCUUUUCGGUGUAGAAGCAGCCGACUUGACUUCGACCACCACUGGACUCGAUUUAGACUCGAUGCUGGAUAGAAGCGAUUCCGAUUUAAGUACAAACGACGCAAGAACGAUUAGGAAGCAGCUGGAAGGUCUAGAAAAUAUGUACAGCGAGGUACUGAAAUUGCUCGGCGGAAGUGUGAAAAAGAGACGGAAGGCCAGAGGUCUGGCCAGUUACGGUUCCGUCUCAUCGUUGCCGACGUCAUCCGUUUCAUCGAGACCCGUUACGAGGCACCAUGAUAAACGUAGAUCGCACGCGAUCGACGACAGAAUGAAGAAAGCCAAAGACAUAAAGAGCAUUAACAAACGCUUCCAACGACUAGAAUCUCACGUAGUGACGCUUGCCAGAUCUGUGGCACACUUGAGUUCGGAGAUGAGGACGCAACAUUUGAUGAUACAGGAAAUGGAGAACAUAAGGGGCGAGAUUGCUGCACUCAGGACUCAGACGAGCAUGGCAAUGGUGAGGUCGCAGUCUCAACCGCUGAUCAAGGAUUCCGAGUUGCCGGCUCUUUCCAACCCUUCGAGGGUGAAAAAGCUAACCAAGUUCUUCGGCACAGAACCACCGCUCAUCAGACUAUUCCUCAGGGAACUUGGGUAUGAGAAAUAUGCAAAUGCGUUUGAGAAAGAAAAAGUCGGUAUGGUAGAGCUUCCCUACCUAAGCGAAGAGAGGUUGCAAAAAAUGGGUGUUCCCUUGGGACCAAGGCUGAGGAUUCUGCAAGAAGCGAGGAUAUCGGUGUGUAAGGAUCCAAUUUACGUUGUGUGAGUCCCACGGAACGCGUUGUUCUCCGCAAGAUUAUACACAGCCAACUCCGAGCAGGUACAUCCGGAAGCCGCCGAAGGAGAAUUUUUAUCCUUUCGUUUUUUAAUAAGAUCGUGUUUCCUCGAGUUUUCAGGUUUCAUCGUUAUCCGUUUGAACGCUUUCAACGAUCGAUUUUGAAUAGCGAAGCGCGAAGUUUCUGAUUUCGCUCGAAAGAUGAGCCGAUUUCCCUGAUGAAACGAUGAAACGAUGAAACAACGAAACGUUAAAGCGAACGACUAUUCGCUUGAAAAUUAAAUUAAUAUUUGAAAGACGUGCGAGUCUAACGACGAAAUAAAUUAAAUAUUCAUUAGGCGUAUUAAUUACGAGUCGUAUACCCGUACUAAACGUAUCCGUACUUCGAUUCGUAUAUUACAGAUGACGCGUUUUGUUUUCGACUCUAGUAUUAAUACGUAAUGGGUAUAAUCUGCGAUGUAUCGCGUUUAAUACGCGCUGGAUAGAUCAGAAAUGUAUCAACGAUCCAAGUUUUCCAGUUAAGCGACGAGGAUUGUUUGCGAUUCUGGAGAUUCCGUUGUCCGUCAACUUGUUUUGCUUCUAAUUUUGCUUCCAUAAUUUAUUAUAAAUUAUUAGUAAAGCGAGCACAUCGAUACGCGUAUAAUACUUGUGUAUUAUCAUGUAUAAUUGCCCGAAUCGUUGUCGGAUAUCUCACGUAUCCGUGAUAUACGCGAGAAAUACGUAAAUUUAUAAUACAUAAAAGAGCAGUUACAAAUAGAAAGAAGCGUUCUAGGAAAAGUAUCGUCUAUCUCUGUCUCUAAAGAGGUAAUCGUUUAAUUAACGGUAAGAACAAUUUUUUUUAUCGUUUACAGUCGAUUAAACGAACGUUCAAUUGUAAUAACAUUAGCGUAACUUUUUAUUUUGUACACUGCACCGUUACUGCAAUUACGGUUAAUCGAUCACCUAGGAUGGUAUGGAUAAAACAUGUUUUCUUACGCAGACCGUGCGUGCGCUGGAUUUGUUUUCUUGCGAUCGAUCGGUCCGGGUCGAUCGUCUCGAUUGAGAACAAGCUCGAGCAGUUAACGUGAACACGCAUUGAGAACGAGAAGCAAAAAUAGAUUUGCCAAAGAGACGGGAGAACGUCGCCGAUCGAGUGGUGUGUGCCGAUGGAGAUUGUCAUUCGAGGAAGCGAGUGAAAUUUUCUUCCCAAGCGUGAUAUUCUUUUGACUUGUAACCAUUCAACCACUAUUGUUUCAGCUUUUCAGCCAAACAUCUCGCUGUUUAUCUCGUUAUAUCCAACGUUUUCGAUCGCAUGGUCGUAAAUGAUUUCAGUUUUUUGUACGUGUUUGUAAUUUGUCAAAUUUUUCUACCUUUCUACCUUUCUACGUUUCUACGUUUCUACGUUUCUACGCGAUAUUGUUGCGUCUACGCGAUGAAUCUCUAGCCGCGAUCUCUUCAGCUAUUUGUUUGCGAUUUCCUAUUUCCUUUUAACGAACGAACCACCGGUUUUCCUCCGUAAAAAUUAAAAGACAUUCUGCUCGAACGAUAAAAAUAGCAAACACGUAUUCGUUCGACUAAAUUAUCAGCUAGACGAGGUCAUCGUUCGAAGUUUAAACCGAUUAAAUAUUCAGGAUACGAUCCAUAUCGAUACUUUCGCGAUACUUGUAUCUCGAUAAUGGGGAACAUGCGUCGCGCGGAAUUUUUCUAAUUUGCUCUUUAUUCCAUAAAUCGAUCCGACGUAAAAAUAAAGAAAAAAAAAAAAAAAAAGAAAAGAAAGAAAAAAGAAUAAAGUUCAAGCUAGUUGUCGUACGAAUCGUUUGAUUUUGAAUAGAAAAUCGUCGACGCGUCAAAUACCUGGGUGUUUCGCGUUUACAUGUGUUUGACGAAUUUGCAAACGGCGGCCGACAUAGUCUCCGUGCAGCAACGCGAACAGAUUCUUUCUUCGUACUUUGAAAAUUCCACAGAUAUUUAUACGUACGUUUAUUUAUUUAACGCGUCGUAUUAUUUUAGGUAGUAUCUAUUUUGUAUUUGAUCGUUCGGUUAUCGAGAAAUCAAACGUUUGACUAGGUUCGUCGAGAAGGAAAGUGACGGUCGUCGGUUCUCGAGACAAAGUUUUCGAUAGAUUUACAUUUCCUAGUAAAAGCAUCGGUCGCGUAAUUUUACGAAUAUCGUUCCUCUCGAGUAGCUAGAGGAUGGACUUGACUCGUUAGAAAGUUAUAACGAAGAUUACUUGUCGUAGAGAAAUAGUUUAAACGAGUUAGCUAAUAAUUUGACGGCGAUCGUAAAGUCGAAAGCUGCCGAUGAUCACGCCUAGUAUAAGAAUUGGAAAAGUUUCAAUUAAAUUUUGUAGCUACGGUUUUUCAGGAAAGUUUUAAACGACGAAAUAAUCGGACGGUAAUUUGCAACUCGAGGCAAAUAAAAUAAAAUCGCGUUGAAAAGCACGAGAGGUUUUGAUAAAAGUUUACUUCUCGAAAGAAUCGAUCGUUCGAAUAAAUGAAUUUGUCGUCGUGUGAAAAAGCUGGCAAAACAAGCAGUUUCGAUUACGGUCAAACGACUACGCACACACACAGGAGCGCACGCGCGCGCGCAUUACGGUGAUACCAAAGAAUCGAUACCUGCUCCUCUGUAAUGACGAUUGCUCCAACAAGGACAAUCUCACUGCGAAUGAUGUCGAUUAUGUAAAAAGAUGACACGCCGCUUCGGUUCUCGAUCGAUAUCGAGUUCACGUGACACGUCACUUACAAUUAGCGUUAACGGUAAAUUUCACAUUGAUUUCAUUAAUCGACUAAUAUUCAUAGGUUCGAUAAGUAUUUGUUACUAAGCAUCGUUACAUGUUGCACCUUUCUAACAGUUAUUUCUACGUCUAGUAAUAUCUCUUUAUGUCAUUGAAUUCGUUUUCUAGUUGGUGCUAUUCGACACAGAUGCCUGAUGAAACUUUUAGAGUUUCUGACGAACGUCGAUACGUUUACGCCGAAUUCUGUACAGUUAAUCGUUUGUAAGAACGUUUCGUUAACGACACGAUUAAUAUUUGUAUUAUUAUAAGUUUAUUAUUAUUUUGUUAAAUCUUGUAUGUAAUAAAUAAGUGAAGAGAGCCAUACGAUGGUUCAAUAAA